AUGUGUGCCUAUACACUUUUACAAAGUCGUGAGCCGCGUUUGAUGGAACGUUUCAUCGUUAGAAUUGACCUCGGUGUCUCUCGGAGGGCCCAUGAGGGGCGGCAAGCCGCGUGGUCUGCAUUUGCCACACUUGAGACUGUGUUCUCCAUGGUUGAUUUCCUAGCUAGACUAGCUGGAAUAGGUCGAGCGCAGCUCAUCGCCGUCGCCGUCGCCGUCGUCGCAAACAGAUACGCUGUUCAUCACGGAGGCCGCAUCGAACUUUGGGGAGGUUGCGGCAUGGCCGACGUCCGCAGACGCGAACGCGGUCACCUUUAUCAACUUCUCUUGCAAUCCGCGGGGCUGCAUCAAGAUCUAUAUCACAUUUUUAUGAAACGCUGUCGUGGUCUGUCCAAGUCAUUAUACGGUAUUACCUUGCUAAUAGGAGCACGAUGGAUUGUUGCGGAUUCCCGGCCGACUCGCUGUUGGAACAACGGUGCGAACGGCGCGGGCGCGUUUGUCCACGGGCGUAGCGAUGCCCGUAAGGGACAAUCGCGUAGCGUACAUACAGUGCGCGCGGUCGUUUUAUACUACGAUAGGGGCCUCCGGCCCCCGACUACUCGUGCGCCCGAGCUUGCGAGCUCGUUCCUGAUCACGCGGGGCUGCGCGUUUCAACACUCGCAUGCGGAGGGUGCGUUGGUGAGAAUGAAGCCUGCGCCGGAGCCUUGCAGAACUCACAGUCGGAUUGCAAUCGCUGCCCUAGAAUUCGUACCUCGUCCGGACAAUACUACGUAG